AUGGACUUGGGGGUGAAUUUACUCGUAGAUCCAUCCGUGCAAGGUUGGCUUGUACUCGACAAGCUCCUCCUUCUUGAACCACAGGGAGAUCUCCUUCUCAGCACUCUCAACAGAGUCGGAACCGUGAAUGAUGUUUCUGCCCAUGUCCAAGGCGAAGUCACCUCUGAUGGUACCUGGAGCAGAUUGCAAUGGGUUGGUGGCACCAAGCAAAACUCUUCCUUGCUUGACGACAUCCUUACCUUCCCAAACGGUGGCCAAGAUUGGGCCAGAGAGCAUGUAAGACAGCAGGGAUGGGAAGAAUGGCUUGGAUUGCAAGUCAGAGUAGUGUUCUCUCAACAAAGACUCGUUGGCCAAAGUCAACUUGAUACCAACAAGCUUGAAUCCCUUGUUUUGGAAUCUUCUGAGGAUCUCUGGGAAGAUACCUCUUUGGACUCCGUCUGGCUUGACUGCAAUGAAAGUUCUCUCGGUGGACAUGUUUUAGUUAAUGAUGAUUUGGUUGAAAAAAGUGAAAAUCGUGGGCGUGGGAAAUAA